AUGCCUGUCAAGUCCGAUAUGAAGGAUAAAUUAGCACAAUCAGAUAUAAAAGAUAAAUCAAAAAAAGGAAGAUAUAGUUUGAAAAAAUUCUUAGAUAGAAGUCGGUUUUCUCCCAGUCUGUUAUUUUUAUCAAAAUCGAAUGCAAGCAAAUCAACUGAAACUUCCAAUGAACAACGUAAAUCUGUGCAUGAUGAUAUGAUGGAAAUCAAUGUGAAGACUGAAAAUUCACCAUGUUCAUCACCGCAUUCCUGUUUAUCAAAUAUUGGAAGACGUUUGACAGCUUCCGUACCAUUUGAUUGUUCUUUAAAUUCACCAAUAGUUACUAGUACUGCUUUUCGAAAUCCAACUUAUGGCAGUGGUCAUACAAGUCCCAAUUCAGAAUUUAUUGUUGAAGAGGAAUAUGAAGAAUCUUUGACAAAUUUUGCUGAUAAUUUACCGGAUGAACUAAAAAGUCGAUCAAAUCCAUGUUCUAGAAAAUCACCAGAUACAUUUUCAGCUUGGUCUGAUGCUGUUUUACCUACCGGUAAUAUUUUGGUACCUAUGCAUUGUGGAUCUAUACCAUUUAGUGGGGGCAAUGUUGAUACACAUCGUCAUCAUCAUCAUCAUAAUUAUCCUCAACAAUGUCAUGAAACAUCUGAUGCCGUUGUUGUUACACCACCACCGACUAAUUUCGAUUCAUGUGAUAAAUCAUUAAAUUAUAAUUUUAAAAAUAUUAAUAAUACUUUGAAUAAUAUAAAUCCUACUGGAAUAUACAAUGAACCAUGUGAUGCUAAACCGUCAGUAUUCGAUGAUCCAAUUACAAUUUAUACAACUAGAAAUGUUAUCAUAAAAAAUUCACCUAUUGAAUUGAAUCUCUUGGAGAACAGGUAUUGA